AACUCCAAAAAGUAUAAGCGUACAUUACACUUUGAAACACAUCAACAACCCCCUGACACCACCAACGCUGUAAACUUGCCGGAACCCCAACCGGAAAACAACAAUUCAACUCCCACCCACGCAAAAAACCACCACCAAUGGCCAGCAGAGACUACCACACACGCGACACAUCAAAACCUAAACGCGACUCCGACUCCCACUCACGCCGCGCUCUCGAAUCUCCACCGCGCCACCGUCUCUCCGACGAUCGGGUCGCCGUCCACCACCGCGACGUCCAGACACUCCUCGUUGACAACCAGCGCCUGGCCGCGACACACGUGGCGCUGAAACAGGAGCUGGGCGUGGCGCUGCAGGACCUCCGGCACCUCUCGGGCGUAGCGGGAAAAGUGAAGGCGGAACGGGCGGCGGAGGUGAGGGAGGUGUUCGAGAAGGCGGUGAAGAUGGAGGCGGAGGUUAGGGUUGUGGAUGAAUUGAGAGGUGAGUUGGUGAAGGUUGGUGGAGAUGUGAAGAAGUUAGGGGUUGAGAAUAAGGAGUUUGUUGAGAAGGUUAGGGAGACUAAUGGUGAGAUUAUGAAGGAGAGAGCUAAACAGCAGGAGUUUGAGAUGGUUAAAGGGGACAUUGAAGGGAUGAAGCAGGAGAUUCAGAAAGGAAGGGCGGCUAUUGAGUAUGAAAAAAAGGUUUACGAAUCUAACUUGGAACAAAGUGAAGCAAUGGAGAAAAGUAGGGUUUCUAUGGCCCAUGAAAUCGAGAAGCUACAAGCGGAUCUUGCUAACGCUCAUAAGAAAGCAAUGGCAGCCGCUGCUGCAGCUGCAACAAAUACUCCAGGAUAUGCUGCAGGAUAUGGGAACCAUGAUGUGGGUUAUGGUGCGAAUGCAGCAUAUUCGGGCCCUUAUGUUGCCCAUCAGGUACCAGGUGGAGUUAACCCGCAAUAUGUGUCUCAGGGUCCAUAUGAUAUGCAACAUCAUAUGGUUAAUCCUCAUUACGUUCCUGGGCCUGUGCCACAUGGUCCGUAUGACAUGCAACAUCCUAACGCACAAGGAUGAUGGUUGUUUUACACACUCGAAAUAUGUGGUUAUGUUUUAUUCAUUUUCAGCUCUAGGCUUCGAAAUAAGUUAUGUGUAUGUUACAUAUAAUUUUUUUUUUUUCAUUUGCUUUGUUUUACAUGAUGUAAUUUUUUUUUCAUUUGCUUCGUUCUACCGGGUUACAUUGCAUGUGUGUGGCUUCUAUGUCGUGUGAAUCUUUCAACGGUCAUAUAAUAGAUGGUCCAGGUCGAGUAAA